AUGUCCAGUCAGCGUCUUGUCUUAGGCCUCCCCCGAGUCCUCCCACCACUCCCGCCGUCCCCAGCUCCUCCGUGUGGUCCUUGUGUCCAGGGUCGGCUUCGCGCCACCCCCCACUCCUCCUCCCUUCGUCCGGCCACCGAGCCCUUCCAGACACUCCACUUAGACGUCUGGGGCCCCGCCUCCCGCCUUGGCCCUGAGCGGGAGAGUUUCUUUCUGGUGGUCGUUGACGAUUACUCUCGGUACACCACCGUGUUCCCCUUGGCGAAGAAGUCCGACGUGACUUCUACGCUGAUCCGGUGGCUCCUCGCCACCGAGGGCACUCGUGGUCGUCGUGUCAGUUGUCUCCACUCCGACCGUGGGGGUGAGUUUCGCUCCGGCAUUCUCGCCAGUUUCUGUGCUGAGCAGGGCAUCACCCAGUCCUGGACUCUCCCAGACUCUCCACAGCAGAAUGGGGUUGCUGAGCGCCGCUUAGGCCUGGUCAUGGAGAUCGCCCGCACCUCCAUGAUCCACGCCCGCGCGCCCCAUUUUCUGUGGCCCUACGCGGCUCGGUACGCCGCUCACCAGCUGAACCUCUGGCCUCGCGUCUCUCGGCCAGGGGCUUCACCGACCAGUCUUUGGACAGGGUCCCCUGGUAUUGCGUCGAGGUUUCGUGUCUGGAGCACCUUGGCUCUUGUCCGCGACACCUCUGCGGACAAGAUCUCGCCUCGCGCCAUCCCCUGUGUCUUCCUUGGUUUCCCAGAGGACUCCUCUGACUUCACAUUUUACCACCCUCCCUCCCACCGCUCUCGUGACGUCCGUUUCGACGAGUCUGUCCCCUACUACGUCCGGUACCCCUGUCGAGGUCUCCCGGUUCCCCCCCCUCCCCUCUUCCUGGCUCCAGCUCCUCCUCCUCCCGCCCCUGCUCCUCCGGUACCCCCCCCUGGUCCUGCUCCGUCUGGUGUGUCCCACGCUACUCCCCCCCCCUCGGUACCCCCCCAGGUCUCUCCUCCUUCCCCACAGUCGUCCUCACAGCCUCCGCAGCAGCCGUCAGCGCUUCCUUUACCGGCCACUGCGGACUCUGAGGGUGUUGGUGCUCGGGGUGAGGGCUCUGGCGGUGCUCGCUCUGGGGGUGCUGGCGUUGGAGCUGUUCGUGCACCUACAGGAGCCGCCCGUUCUGGGGGUGUUGGCGUUGGCGCUGAGCGUGCACCUGCCGCGGCUGCCCGUUCCGAGGGUGCUGGAGCUGGUGGUGUUUCUGGAGCUGGAGAGUCUGAGGCUGGUGCUGGUGCCACUGGAGGCACCCCGACUGGGGGUGCGGGUCCACCUCCUACAGGUGCUAGUCGUGCUGCCGCAGGGGGUACACGCUCUGGGGGUUCUCAGCCGGGUGCUGUCGAGGGCGGAGCCGGUUCUUCUUCUUCGUCUCCUGACACCACUCCUCCUCCUCACCCCUACCUGACUCGACACCAGACCCGUCUUCGUCUUGAGCGUGAGGAGCAGCAGCGUUUGGAGCGUGAGAGGUUGGAGGUUCAGCAGCGGGUGGAGCGUGAGAGGCUGGAGUUGCAGCGGGAGCAGCAGCAGCAGCAGCAGUAG